AUGUCUGAUGAAAGAAUAAAUAAUACUGAUGAAGAAAUGUAUCCUGGAGAUAGAGAAUUAGAUGAAACAGAGUCGAUAGCACCCAGUGUAAAUCCUAGAAGAAAUCAACCUUUAAAUGAAGAAAGAGAUAGAGAUAACUCACACUUGUUGAGAAUUAUUGCCGAUGCUUUACAAAGAGUAGCUGGGACUGUUCCUGCUACAACUUCUGUAUCAACUCAAAGACGGGCCCUGAUAAAAGAGUUAAGAAAAUAUGGUGCUACAGAGUUUAUGGGUCUGACAGGAGUUGAUCCAUCUACAACAGAGAAUUGGAUGGAAUCAACUAAACGAGUGCUGCAGCAAUUAGAAUGUACCCCCCGGGAAUGUUUAAUCUGUUUCGUUUCAUUACUUCAGGGUGAGGCUUAUCUGUGGUGGGAAUCUGUAAUUCGACAUUUGCCAGCAGAACAGGUAACAUGGGAAUUAUUUCAGAAGGAAUUUCAAAAGAAGUAUGUUGGAGAGCUAUAUAUUGAAGAUAAAAAGCAGGAUUUUCUAAUGUUGAAGCAAGGUAACUUAUCUGUAGUGGAUUAUGAAAGAGAAUUUUCUCGAUUGAGCCGAUAUGCCACUGAGUUCAUUCCAACAGAAGUUGAUAGCUGCAAGAGAUUUCUACGAGGAUUGAGAGAUGAAAUCAAAGUACAGCUGGCGUCACAGCGAAUUACAGAAUUUGUGGAUUUGAUUGAAAGAGCUAAGAUGGUAGAACAGGUGUUAGGUUUGGAUAAAAAGCCUGAGAUAGCUAGAUCGACUGGGAAACGAGCUGGCAUUACUAUUUCAAAUCCUCUAUCGAAAAGAUCCCGAGAAUUCAGAGACAGUUGGAAGUCAAAUUUUAGAUCGGAUCGAGGUGAUAAAAAUCGAGGUAAACAGACUGCUGUUUCUACCGGUAGUGUAAAAGGACCUUCACGAAAUAUUGAUAUCCCCGAUUAUGAACACUGUGGAAAGAAGCACUUUGGUGAAUGUUGGAGGAUAACUCGACGGUGUUUUCGAUGCGGGUCCACAGAUCAUUUCAUCCGAGAUUGUCAAAAAAAUGAAGGUGCUAUACCUGCAGCAUCUCAGAGAUUAGUAUCUACUGUUAGAGGCAGAGAAUCAGGUAGAGGUAGUUCGGUUUCAAGGGGAAGAGGUAUUAGGAGGAGCAGUGAUAUAACUACUCAGCAGUCUGAAGCGAAAGUACCCGCCAGAGCUUAUGUUGUCAGAACACGGGAAGAAGGUGACGCCCAUGAUGUAGUAACAGGUAUAUUCUUACUAUAUUCUGAACCUGUUUAUACUUUAAUUGAUCCCGGAUCUUCACACUCUUAUACAAAUUCAAAACUGGUUAAAUUGGGAAAGUUAAAAUCUGAAAUGUCUAGAGUUUUAAUAGAAGUGUCUAGCCCUUUGGGACAAACUGUGUUUGUAGAUAGAGUAUGUCGGAGAUGCCCGUUGAUGAUACAUGAUAAAAUGUUUUCCGUUGACUUGUUGAUUAUGCCUUUCGGUGAUUUUGAUAUAAUAUUGGGUAUGGAUUGGUUAUCCGAGUACGGGGUGAUUUUAGAUUGUUACAAAAAGAAGUUCAGUAUUCAGACAGAGGAUGGAGACAGAAUUGAGGUGAAUGGCAUCCGUACUAGUCGAUCGACACGUAUUAUUUCAGCAAUCAAGGCUAGUAAAUUACUUCGACAGGGUUGUACAGCAUGUCUAGCUUAUGUUUUUAAUUCUGAUUCGGUUGGUAGUCAGUGUAGUCAGAUCAGAACUGUAUGUCAGUUUCCAGAUGUAUUCCCUGAAGAAUUACCGGGCGUACCACCUAACAGAGAGGUUGAAUUUGCUAUAGAAGUGUACCCAGGUACAGCACCAAUCUUUAUACCUCCAUACCGAAUGUCACCCACUGAAUUAAAAAAGUUGAAGGUGCAGCUGCAGGACUUGCUAGAUCGUGGAUUUAUUAGACCGAGCAUUUCACCUUGA